UGUGACGAUGUGUUUAUGUUGUUCUUUAGGUAUAAGUACUGGAACUGCUGCUGCAUAAGGACAAUAGAUUUCAAUGCUUUCCUGGACCAGAAGGGCUGCUCCACAGGAGUCCAUCGCUGGGUCCCCAAGCAGGACAAGAAGAAGGUGGCGUGUCGGUACGACUGGCACCAGACCGGAGACAAUGUCAUCGUUACGAUUUACGCAAAAAACGCAAACCCAAAUUUCAGCAGCAUAGAAGCAAACCGGACUGUGCUCUCAUGUCAAAUCCAGUUUGAGAACAAUAAGAUCUUCAAGAGAGACUUUCGCUUCUGGGGCGUGGUGAAUGUUAAGAAGAGUUCAGUCAACAUGGUCCCCUCCAAAGUGGAGGUGACCCUCCGUAAGGCCGACAAAGUGACCUGGGGAAAACUAGAAGACCCAAACUACAAACCAGAGCCAGAGCCCAUUGACGACUCCUUCACCGAAACCACGGAGAACCAGGAGAACAACUACGAUAUCGAAGACGACGACAUCAGCGACUCGGACGAAGAGUGGGCCUACGACACGAAACAGAACCAAAAACAGGAGGACAAGGAGGAGAAGGACAAGGUGGAGAUGAAGAAGAACGAGGAUGAAGAGAUCCAAAACUUAAAGAGGAAGGAGGUGGAGGAGGAGAUGAAGAAGGUGAGCGAGGAGAGGAAGAGGGCGGAGGAGGAGAAGAAGAAGCUGGAGGAGCAGAGGAGGCAGGAGGAGGGGGAAGGAUACGAAGACAUGCCAGAACUGGAGUGACUCUGUCGAAAACAAAGCAAUGAUGAACAUGAGAUGUGUUUAGCGGAUCAUUCAAACACAUUUUUGUAAUAAAGCAAAUUAAUUGUUGACUUUCUGAUAUCAUGAGACUUUUGGGGGCUGCAGAUCCAAAUCAAAUGUACCACACCUGCUGUCUCACAAAAAAACAAGGGCCCUUAUAGUCUUUCACCUUCAUUAAAUUAAUUCAGGGGUGAUUCCACAAAUAAUUGAGUUACGUCUUUGGUUGACAAACACACUGGAUCCUUUAUAUUUUAUGUACGACAUUUACAAAUAAUACAUUUAUGAUUCUAACCUGGAAACAACUUAUAAAGUAAAGACUUGUAUCUUUCUCUUUACAAACUGUGCCAUUGUCUUUCUUUUGUAGAACUUUAGGAUGAUUUUUUUUCUAUGUCGUUUUCUUUGGGAUAUUUCCGACACUUUUUUUUUUUUUCGACUGUAGUUAUUUUCAAUUUUCGACA